CUUGACGCGGCUUUCAUGCCUCUACAAAGUUCUUCCCCAAUCCUUUCAAUAAACAACUAUUCUCUGGACUACUUAAAUCUCCUCGUGGAUUAAGCUUCGUCGGCAAGCCAAAACGUCAAAGCAUGGAAACAGUCACUCUCUAUGCUCCUCAGCCUGCCCCCACGCUUUUGAGCGUGUCGGUCGCGUAUAGCGAUGUACUCGAGCACCCCGAGAGAUAUUACCUCGGGUCUGACAUCGUGUGGAUGUUGAUCUCGUCGGCCCUUGUUUUCUUAAUGAUCCCCUCUCUGUCACUCAUCUAUGCUGGCAUCGGCAAUCGAUCUUUCGCUCUGACGCUCUUUCGUCUGCCCCUCGUCACUGGCGCCUUUGUUGGUCUACAGUGGGUGUUCUGGGGCUAUGCCCUUACUUUCACACGAUCUAUACUACCAGCAAGUUGGUGGGGUGGAGAGUCUAGGGCGUUUGCUUUGACUGACGUUUUGGCUCGUCCCAUUGGAGAGGGUGAUGGCGUCGAUGGCCCGUCAAUACCUGAGCUCGUAUAUGUUUUGUACGAGGGAAUGUUUGCUUCCUUCACUGCUGCUUUAGUUUGUGGCGGAACCAUGCACAGAGUUCGUCCAGCUCGGUUUCUCAUUUUCAUCAGCAUAUGGUCUUUAGUAGUCUACGACCCUGUUGCGAGAUGGUCCUGGGACCCAGAUGGCUGGUCAAAUAAACAUGGAACUAUGGACUUCGCUGGUGGUACGCCAGUGCAUAUCGUUUCAGGUACUACGGUAGCUGCUUUCGCCAUUUUCUGCUCGAUUGAGAGGCGGAACAAUUUCAAAGAUUUUGUCCAGGCUGUGAAGAAGUUUAUCAAAAAGCUUUCCAAGAGAAUCGCCCGACCUUGGGUUGACAUAUGGCGCACACUGGUGAUGUGCGUUGCGUGUUGUUUGGGGAAGCAGCCUGAAGAUCCAGGCUCGCACUCAGAUGAGGCAGAAGAGGAGGAGGAGGAGGAGGAACGGGGGGUGCCUUUCGAGCCCUACAACUUGAAUUAUCUGGUUCUUGGAACUGCUCUCCUUUGGUUCGGCUGGGCAGGAUUUAAUGGAGGGUCGGCCCUAGGAGGAAAUCUUCGAGCCGUCUCAGCCUGGACGUCGACACACGUAGCGGCAUGUACUGGUGGUACUGUGGGAAUUUUGGUGAUCUGGUACUCAAAGACUUUCGCUUGGCUGAAUGAGGAAUCUCGCCCUGAGCAAGCAUAUGACAAUCUUACUGUCAUAUACUUUUGUGAUGGUGCGAUUGCAGGACUUGUGGCUAUUACUCCUGCAUCUGGAUAUGUCCCUGUUUGGAGCGCUGCCAUUUUCGGUGCUACAUCAGCCUUGUUUGUCCUAUGGCUGAAGAAACAAUCUUCUAUCCUCCUCAGAGAAGACCCGCUACAGGUUUUCGCUGUCCACGCAGGAGGUGGUUUUAUUGGGAUGCUUCUUACUGGUCUCUUAGCUAGUGGCACUACAAUUGGUCUCGAUGGUCACUCAAAGAUGCCGCACCCUGAAUACACAAAAGGACAGCGUUUUGGCUACCAGCUGCUAGAUGCCUCCGCAGGCAUUGGCUACACUUUCUUUGCUACUCUGGCGAUUCUAUAUUUCAUGAAACUUGUUGUCUAUAUUUUUAGGCACUACUUUACGUCUCACCAUACGGGAUGGUGGGCUGCGACUGAUUUCGACGAUCACUACUUUCUCAAAGACGAAUUUCGGGCCACCGAACUACAAGAAUGGAUAAGAUCGAGUCCUACCAACGAUCCUCGCCCAUCUCCUCUCAGCCAAGGAUCGCAACCUCUGUCGCGCCAACACCUCACUCCUGUCCAGGCAUCACCUGGACUCGUACAACCAACACCAUGAUCGUCUACUCUACAAUAUUCCAUCUUCUGACUGUCUAUCAUUCACACACAGCUCCCUUUACUUUUCGCUCCUACAAGAUAAAGAGGUGGUAAAAUUCGUCUCUACUUACUGAGAUAUCACUUCUUGCUAAUGGUCAAUACGACGAUGAGAGACAAACUUAUACGUGGGAACAUCUUUUGAAGAAUGCCGAAUUAUUAGGCCAACAACUUCAACCACGGGUAGUUUGACGAUCUAGAUGUAAGGGUUCUGUUAUGGAGAAAGGCAUGUGCUGGGGGAGUUGUGUGAAAGGGAACCAUUAUAUCCAAGAAAAGUACUAGUUACACAGAACUGUGUUCGCAAAGUUUCGUUACAGUUUUUGUUCUCCUUUUUGAAUGAUCCGAACAGAUAAUUUGCGUAGUUUUGAGGUUUUAGUAGAUUGCUAACGACAGUAUUCCACAAUGC